UGUCAUUGCUGCUCCGAGCUGUGGUGCCGCCUCCGUCGGCUGCUUCUCCUUCUCUGGCGCCCUCGUCCCGUCGGCUUUCGCCGCUGCCGCAGCUGCGCUGGGGACACGGAUGGCUAGUGGGGCGCAAGGGCCAUCCGAGUUGAGAGAGCGGCGGUCGCGGCCGCUGCUGAGGCGGAGACUCCCCGCCGCCGCCUCCACCCGCUGUCCCCCGGCCUCGCGGCGCUGAGGGCGGGAGCGCGCGGCGCUCUUCCCUCCUCCUCCUUUUUCUUCCUCCUCCUCCUCCUCUCCUCCGGGUCCCCGCCCAGCACCCCUCGCACCAGGCGGCGGCGGCGGCGAGGAGCGAGACCCGCCGCCGGGGCACAACAUGGCGGAGCCCUCGGCCCCGGAGAGCAAGCACAAGUCGUCCCUCAACUCGUCCCCGUGGAGCGGCCUCAUGGCCCUGGGGAACAGCCGGCACGGCCACCACGGGCCCGGGGCCCAGUGCGCGCACAAGGCGGCGGGCGGCGUGGCGCCGCCAAAGCCGGCCCCCGCGGGGCUGUCCGGGGGCUUGUCGCAGCCGGCCGGCUGGCAGUCGCUGCUCUCCUUCACCAUCCUCUUCCUGGCCUGGCUGGCCGGCUUCAGCUCGCGCCUCUUCGCCGUCAUUCGCUUCGAAAGCAUCAUUCACGAGUUCGACCCUUGGUUUAACUAUAGAUCAACACAUCAUCUUGCGUCUCAUGGGUUCUAUGAAUUUUUAAAUUGGUUUGAUGAAAGAGCAUGGUAUCCACUAGGAAGAAUAGUAGGUGGUACUGUUUACCCAGGGUUGAUGAUAACAGCUGGCCUUAUCCAUUGGAUUUUAAAUACAUUGAACAUAACAGUUCACAUAAGAGAUGUAUGUGUGUUCCUUGCACCAACUUUUAGCGGCCUUACAUCUAUAUCUACUUUUCUGCUUACCAGAGAACUUUGGAACCAAGGAGCAGGACUUUUAGCUGCUUGUUUUAUUGCUAUUGUACCAGGUUACAUUUCUCGGUCAGUAGCUGGAUCCUUUGAUAACGAAGGCAUUGCUAUUUUUGCACUUCAGUUCACAUACUACCUUUGGGUAAAAUCUGUAAAAACUGGGUCAGUUUUUUGGACAAUGUGCUGCUGCUUAUCGUAUUUCUAUAUGGUUUCUGCUUGGGGUGGUUAUGUGUUUAUUAUCAACCUUAUUCCACUGCACGUAUUUGUGUUGUUACUGAUGCAGAGAUACAGCAAGAGAGUCUACAUAGCAUAUAGCACUUUCUACAUUGUGGGUUUAAUAUUAUCCAUGCAGAUACCGUUUGUGGGAUUCCAGCCAAUCAGAACAAGUGAACAUAUGGCAGCUGCAGGUGUCUUUGCAUUGCUGCAAGCUUAUGCUUUCUUGCAGUAUCUGAGAGACCGACUAACAAAACAAGAGUUCCAGACCCUUUUCUUUUUGGGUGUAUCACUAGCUGCAGGUGCUGUCUUCCUUAGUGUCAUCUAUUUGACUUAUACAGGUUACAUUGCACCAUGGAGUGGCAGGUUUUAUUCAUUAUGGGACACUGGGUAUGCAAAAAUACACAUUCCAAUUAUUGCAUCCGUGUCUGAGCAUCAACCUACAACUUGGGUGUCUUUCUUCUUUGAUCUACAUAUUCUUGUAUGUACCUUCCCAGCAGGCCUGUGGUUCUGCAUUAAAAAUAUCAACGAUGAAAGAGUAUUUGUUGCUUUGUAUGCAAUCAGCGCUGUCUACUUUGCUGGAGUGAUGGUGCGGCUGAUGUUGACUUUGACUCCAGUCGUCUGUAUGCUGUCUGCAAUUGCCUUCUCAAAUGUUUUUGAGCACUAUUUGGGGGAUGACAUGAAAAGGGAAAACCCACCUGUGGAGGACAGCAGUGAUGAGGAUGACAAAAGAAACCCAGGAAAUUUGUAUGAUAAGGCAGGUAAAGUGAGGAAACAUGUAACUGAACAGGAAAAAACUGAAGAGGGAUUAGGUCCUAAUAUAAAAAGCAUUGUCACCAUGUUGAUGCUGAUGCUAUUGAUGAUGUUUGCAGUCCACUGUACCUGGGUCACAAGCAAUGCCUACUCCAGUCCAAGUGUAGUCUUGGCCUCUUACAAUCAUGAUGGCACCAGGAAUAUCUUAGAUGAUUUUAGAGAAGCUUACUUUUGGCUAAGGCAAAAUACAGAUGAACAUGCCCGAGUGAUGUCUUGGUGGGAUUAUGGCUAUCAGAUAGCUGGAAUGGCUAAUAGAACUACUUUGGUGGAUAAUAACACCUGGAAUAACAGCCACAUAGCACUGGUGGGAAAAGCUAUGUCUUCAAAUGAAACAGCAGCCUAUAAAAUCAUGAGGAGUCUGGAUGUAGAUUAUGUUUUGGUUAUUUUUGGAGGGGUUAUUGGCUAUUCUGGUGAUGACAUCAACAAGUUUCUCUGGAUGGUUAGGAUAGCUGAAGGGGAACAUCCAAAAGACAUUCGGGAAAGUGACUAUUUCACCCCACAAGGAGAAUUCCGUGUAGACAAAGCAGGAUCCCCAACUUUGUUGAAUUGCCUUAUGUAUAAAAUGUCAUACUACAGAUUUGGAGAAAUGCAGCUGGAUUUUCGUACACCCCCAGGUUUUGACCGAACACGUAAUGCUGAGAUUGGAAACAAGGACAUUAAAUUCAAGCAUUUGGAGGAGGCCUUUACAUCAGAACACUGGCUUGUAAGGAUAUAUAAAGUGAAAGCACCUGAUAACAGGGAGACACUAGACCACAAACCUCGAGUCACCAACAUUUUCCCAAAACAGAAGUAUUUGUCAAAGAAGGUUGCCCUCUGUGGAAGAUGAAAAAUAAUGAGCAGUCAGAUGAAAUAUUAAGGUUGUAUUACAAGACUACAAAAAGGAAGCGUGGCUACAUUAAAAAUAAGCUAGUUUUUAAGAAAGGCAAGAAAAUAUCUAAGAAGACUGUUUAAAUACACUGUUCUGGUUCCUGACUUGAAGCAGUUGUCCUUGUGAGAACCAGUCUUUGCCUUUAGCUCAUGUCAUGUUUCACAGCGACAGAGGGUACAGAACCAUCACUGGUCCAGGUUAAUGUACAAAAUUUUCUGGCGAUGCCUGAUUUAAAAAAUAAAAUUGGCUUAUUGAGAACAGCUGUUUUCAAUUUGUAAUGUGAAGCAAGACAGAGCACUGCUGUAAAUGUCUAACAGCAGAUUUUUUUUAUUGGUACAUAUUAUCCUUCAAAUCUGAGAAUUUGGACUAAUUGCACCAAAGAACCCUCUAAUUUGGUCCCUGGCACAUGCAUACUUGUCAAUGUUUUUGUUCUUUUACAAGACCUGCAUUUUAUUUGAACUACCCAAAUAGCAAUAUGUAAAAUACAAAUGACAAAUGUGAUGCGAGCUUCUUGAACCAGUAAACUAGUACAGGUCUGAGAAAGAGGUAUUAGAAAAGUAACUAUACUUCCUUGAACUAUAUUUAUUUUCAUGUUUCUCCAAUGCAAAGAAUGUUUCAUCAAAUGUACAUUUUCUGUUGCUUACCAUUUGCUCUAAGAAGAAGCUGCUGUUUCAGAGAUAGACCUCUGAGUAACUAAUCGAUUCAAGUAGUUAUGUUGACACAUUAUUGCUGCUGUCAGCAGUUGUUUUCACCAGGUACUUACAGAGCAGAUCUCAUAUGUUCUUCAUUCAAGGGCUAAAUUUAUAUCCUUUGGCAAUCAUGGCAACUGCACAGAACGUUGCUUACUAGAAUGAAGUUUGGUAUCUUAGUACUGAGGUUAGCACUAUGUUUACAUGCAAAAGAUUAAGGAAAAAACCCUUAAAGUGGACAGGUAUCCAAAGUUCAUUUUCUGUGACUCUUCAAAAUGACAAAGGAUUUGUAAACUUCGCCUGCAUUUCUCUCAUUUUAUAACAGUUUCAUCCGUCACAAUGAUUGUCCUCCACUCCAUAUUUUUUUAAUCCCUUAAGCAUUUGAUGAAACACUCUUUAAUGCUAUAUGCAUUUUCUUACUUUCAUUAAAAAUGUGACAAUUGUCAAAAAAUGCACUAAAAUAUAAAUGGAGAUUGAACAUGUUCACUUUCCAGCUUAUAGGCAACUUUAUAUAGACUUGAAAAUUUUCUCCAGUUGUUUAGUAAAAGUGAAAGAGAGUUUUCCUGCCACAGGAUAUGACUUUUUUUUAUAUAAACAAGCAUAACUUACACCACUGCUUUUGGUGGAAAAGUGCAGAAUAGUAUGUACCUUUUAUGAAGAAAAGUGUAAUUUACGAUAUUCAGUGAGAAUGUUACUGCUGAUUUUCUUUUCCAAAGUGUAGAAUAUUCUUUGAUUUAUAAAAUUCCUUUUUGACCCAGAUGAUGGUUCUUUUACAGACCAAUAAAAUGGCUGAACAUUUUCACAAAUAAAGUGUAACUAAAUCUGGAUUUCUGAUACCUUGUUAUUUGGGGGAUUUUAUUUUACUUUGUUGCUUUAAAAUUCAAUGCAGAGAAGUUGUUGACUGUAGGGGAAAUAAAGUUAAUUCAAAUUUUGUGUUAA